CUGUAAUGUAGAUCUUAAACUGCCAGGCUAAUUAAAAUGUUAAAGAUUUAGUUUCAGACUUCCUUAAAGAAAGGAUGUUGCAGUGCAACAUCUUGUAUUCAUUAGAUCAGGGGUCCCCAAUCCACAGGCUGCAGCCCACUACUGGGCCAUGGCCUGUUCAGAACUGGGUUAAGGAAGUGGUGGCCAAACACACACAUGCACUCCACUUGCGUAUGCACACUCACACACCGCUCACACAGAACCAUCCGCUCUCCCCUCCCGCUGGUCCGUAAAGCCAGAAAGGUUGGGGACUGCUGCAUUAGAUGUGUUGCCCCAUCCUUUACUGUCAUUAUUAGGCAAGCUGUCCAGCGAUAAUGAGAGCUGAAUGGAUAGCAUACAGUGGGUAGAAGUGCUGUAAAAUAUAAGAUCCUUAAUGUGAGAUUCAGUUUGCUACUUUUCCUGCAUGCAGAAAUCCAUUGAAUCUGCUAUCCUUGAUAUCAUCUUGUUGCAGUACAGCUUUGUAACGUUUCUUUAACUUUCAGAUCUUCUCACCAAAGUGCUUUAGAUGCACAUAAAAUAAUAAUUAAAGCCUUUGUUAUAGGGUGUGGGGUUGUAUUUCAGGAAUUAUGAUUUAUGAAGUGAAAAGGUUGGCUUGGUAAUUUGUGAUGUACUCUCUGUGCAAGGAUUUUUUUAAUCAUUAUUUUCUCUUAAGGAGAGUAGCCUUGGGCAAGGAUAAUAGCUAUAUAGUAGUUGCUCUAGCCUCUCCUCUCAUUCAUUUCUCAGGAAGUUUCUACAACUCUUUGGCUUUGCUCUAUUCAAAGAAAAGUCAUCUUUUUCUCUUACCACUCCAUCUCAGCAAUAAGCAGCCAGUAGAAGGCUAAAAUUGGCCUUUUGCAUUUCCUAGGAUCAUCUGCAAUUUCAUGAAGAUCUUAUGCUGAAUAAUUGCACAAGUUCUAAUCAGUUUGGCUUCUAAAAUAAUGAGCCUGCAUAGGCCUGAAGGGUUUGGAAGAUGAUUGCAUUCAGGCAAUAUCACAGUUGCAGUUUUGUUGGUCACAACGUGUUGUUUUCCAUUUUGUGAAGCACCAAUCUGUGUGGGCUUGGUGGCUCUACAGCAGAUGCAAUUCUGACAUCCUGACAUGUUUGAGGGUUCCUUGGCAGCUAGAAAGGUUGGGAGUGUCUGGGCAAGUAAUUGUUUUGUUUAUGUUGGCGAUAUGAAUAAUGGGAGGUGUCAAGAGGCAACAUUCUAUAGUCUCCCUGAGGAGACAUGUGUCAUAUUUGAACCGUAGCUGUCCUCCACCCUCUCUCCCACCAGCUAGUUUUAUCUAGUAUUAAGGUGAAAUAUUAAAGUAUUAAGGCAUUUUGCAAAAGAAUGGAAGGAGGGAAGAAAGUGACGAGAGUACACAGCAGAAGCAUAGGAUUCCUCAUUCCCACCUGGCUGCAGCAGGAUGGACAUGAUAAUGCACAGCUAAGCUGAUACAUCACUUUAUUCAUAAUUAUGCCUAGCUGAUUAUGAUCUGAGUUUAAUCAAGCCAAAGCAUAGCUUUAUGGUGCUAUCCAGUAAAGUGAGGGCAGGGCAUGAAAACCAAAUUUCCAGCCUGCUUCUAUUCUCCCUCCCCUCUUAAGAGAGAACUUUUGGAUUUGCCUUCAGUACAACUGUCCAUGGACUACAUCUAAAGGGAGACUGAGAUCCUACCAGAUUUGCUUCACGAAUCUCCUUCUGGACGCCGGAAAGCCCUUGCUACCAGCAAUAUCAACAUGAAACAAUAUGCGAGCCCCAUGCCGACACAGACAGAUGUCAAGUUAAAGUUCAGGCCUUUGUCUAAAAAAGUUCUCUCAGCCACCCUGCAGUUCUCGUUAUCGUGUAUUUUCCUAAGAGAAGGAAAGGCCACAGAUGAAGAUAUGCAGAGCCUGGCAAGUCUGAUGAGUAUGAAGCAAGCAGAUAUUGGAAAUUUAGAUGACUUUGAGGAAGAUAAUGAAGAUGAUGAAGAAAAUAGAGUAAACCAGGAAGAAAAGGCUGCAAAAAUUACAGAAAUUGUAAACCAGUUGAAUGCUCUGAGCAGCUUAGAUGAAGAUCAAGAUGACUACAUAAAGCAUACAAAUAUGCUGUCCACUAAAUCAGCCAGUUCUUCUGAAGAACUUAUCAACAAGCUUAGUUUCCUGGAUGAAGAGGAGCAAGAUUUCGCAAAUUCAAGAUCAAAUCCCUUUGUAGAUUCUGAUAGAUCAGAGCUGAAUCCUUUUGGAGACACUGAUAUCGAAGAACCAGAUAUUAAGAUGACUUCAUUAUCCAAACAAGAGCACUACUGUGAUGACAGCGAUGAAUAUAACCCCUUUAAGGAAAAGAGUGUAGAGUAUGUGAACCCUUUUGAUGAGCCAGACCUUGAACCUGAGGUCCUGUUACCUGUCAAAGACUCUCCUCCUCAACCUAGCAAAAGGAAAAAUAUCCGACCUGUGGAUAUGAGCAAAUAUCUUUAUGCUGACACAUCAAGAACAGAUGAAGAGGAGUUAGAUGAAUCCAAUCCCUUUUAUGAACCCAAAGCAAGUUCUGCUUUAAAUGAUCAAGUUACUUCAGUGAAAGAAACAGAAAGGAAGAUGAAAAGAAAAGCUCCGGAACUACCAAUUCUCUCACCCAAGGUAGAAAGAGAAGCAAGUGAGAACAUGUCAGCUAUUCAUGCAGUGAAAGAGCUUUCCUCUUCUCCUAAGCCAAGCCCAUUACCAAGUCCUGUUUUGGGGAGAAAGCCAAAUGCUAGUCAGUCAUUGCUUGUUUGGUGUAAAGAAGUUACAAAAAAUUACCGAGGAGUAAAAAUCACCAAUUUCACUACAUCUUGGAGAAAUGGUUUAUCCUUUUGUGCAAUAUUACAUCACUUUAGACCUGACUUAAUUGACUACAAGUCUCUGAAUCCUCAAGACAUUAAGGAGAACAACAAAAAGGCGUACGAUGGAUUUGCUAGCUUGGGAAUAUCCCGGCUACUGGAACCUUCUGACAUGGUUUUGUUAGCCAUUCCUGACAAGCUGACUGUUAUGACCUAUCUGUAUCAAGUACGGGCACAUUUCAGUGGACUGGAGCUAAAUGUAGUUCAGAUUGAAGAAAACAGUAGCAAAAGCACAUAUAAAGUUGGCAACUAUGAAACAGAUACAAACAGCUCUGUUGACCAGGAAAAAUUCUACGCAGAACUAAGUGACCUAAAACAAGAGCCAGAACUGCAGCAGGCAGCCUUUGAUUUCCAGAAAGACCCAGUAUUUGUAAAUGACAGCAGAGUUCUAGAGUCAGAAAGAGACAGAGAAUCUCAAGACACAGCUGAGUCACAAAAUUUGACCUCUCCUCACAGGACUACAGGUAAUGCACAGCAACCACAAAAACAACAGGGAAGGAUUUCGGGAAUAGCAGAACCUGAAAAAAACAGUGCAGCACAAACACAGCCCUUGUUGGGAAGGAAAAAGCUUCUCAAAGCAGAUACUCUAGACCUGAGUGACCUCAUGCAGAUCAGCGAUCUAAAAAGGGAUGCACUUCCCACAACUAUAGAUGAGGAUAUUGACAAAAAGGGCUAUCAGAAUUCUGACACUGCCAUUUGUUUCUCAGAACCUGCAAAACAGGAGCACCUCAGCCUUAGAGAUAGUAGGAAAUUGGAUUCUGAGUUACACAUUGAAAAAACAAAUUUAGAAAUGGAAAAUAAAUCUGGAUAUCCCAACAAUAGGGAUGUGGAUAUUAAUAAAUUAGAUAUGCAACUGGAGACUAAGCUACAGUUUGAGGCCAAAACAGUGAUACAUCCAACGGAUCUGCCUGGAAAAACUGCACAGCAACGAAUGUUAUCAAGACAGGAAGAGUUAAAAGAACGGGCAAGAGUUCUGCUGGAACAAGCAAGAAAAGAUGCUGCUUUAAAGGCAGGAAACAGACAGUUCUCCAGUUCAGUCGUCCCAGGCCGCUCUAAGCAACUGACUGAUCAGCAAGAUGAAGAGCGGCGUCGGCAGCUGAGAGAGAGAGCUCGUCAGCUAAUAGCAGAAGCUCGAUCUGGAGUGAAGAUGUCAGAACUUUCUAGUUACAAUGAAAUGGCUGCAGAAAAGUUGAAAGAAAGGUCAAAGGCAUCUGGAGAUGAGGAUCGGAGUGAUAACAUUGUGAUAGUUUCUAAUGAGGAGAUUCCUGAAUACAUUAUUUCUAGUGGUGAAGAUCAACAUACUAACUUAGAAAAUGAGCUUGAUUCCAAUGCUGAGCAGAACAGCAAGUUGAUGGAUCUGAAGCUGAAGAAACUCCUAGACGCUCAGCCACAGGUGGCAAAUUCAUUUACCAGCACAGCUCCAAAAUCAGUUUCUGAUAACACUGAGCCAAUGUUUAUGAAUGAGACAGAGGAACAUGUUGAGCGAUUACAAAAAGCAGCUGAACGUUUUAGAAGUCCUGUUGUUUUCAGCAAGGAUUCAACAGUCAGAAAAACGCAGCUUCAGUCAUUCAGUCAAUAUGUUGAAAACAGACCAGAGAUGAAAAGGCAGAGAUCAAUACAGGAAGAUAUAAAGAGAGGAAAUGAGGAGAAGGCAACGAUAACCGAAACUCAGAGGAAGCCAUCAGAAGAUGAAGUGCUUAAUAAAGGGUUCAAAGACACCAGUCAGUAUGUUGUAGGAGAAUUGGCAGCACUAGAGAAUGAGCAAAAGCAAAUUGACACCCGUGCCGCGCUGGUGGAGAAGCGCCUUCGCUAUCUCAUGGACACAGGAAGAAAUACUGAAGAAGAAGAAGCUAUGAUGCAAGAAUGGUUUAUGUUAGUCAAUAAGAAAAAUGCCUUGAUAAGAAGAAUGAAUCAACUUUCUCUUCUGGAAAAAGAACAUGACUUAGAAAGGCGGUACGAACUACUGAACAGGGAGCUAAGAGCCAUGCUUGCUAUUGAAGACUGGCAAAAGACUGAAGCUCAGAAGAGGCGGGAGCAACUUUUGCUAGAUGAACUUGUUAUUCUCGUUAAUAAACGUGAUGCUCUGGUCAGGGAUUUAGAUGCCCAAGAAAAACAGGCUGAAGAAGAAGAUGAGCAUUUGGAAAGAACACUUGAACAAAACAAAGGAAAAAUGGCCAAGAAAGAAGAGAAAUGUAUCCUUCAAUGA